UUUAAGUCGGGAACUUCUUUAAAUUGUGAAAAAUUGAGCUUGACUUCUCAAAUAUGUGAAAAACAUUCUUCUUCUUGAAAAGAGCUCACCCUUAAAAUUUCUAGGAUCAACCGGAACAGCAGUACCAUUUCAACAAAACUGCAUGACAUUCUGUUCACAAUGACUACUGACUGGACGGGGAAAUGGUGUCAUGUGCAGAAGUUCCUGGAGAGGACUGGACCAUUCGCUCAUCCAGACUUUGAACCAAGUGCUGAAACACUUGGUUUUCUACAAGAAACAUGCAAGUUGCUUAUAAUUGGAGCUGGAGGUCUAGGAUGUGAACUUCUCAAAGACUUGGCUCUCCUAGGGUUUAGAAACAUUGACAUCAUAGACAUGGACACCAUAGAUGUAUCAAAUCUAAACAGACAAUUUCUUUUUCGACCAAAAGAUGUUGGUCGGGCUAAAGCAGAGGUUGCUGCUGAAUUUGUUAACGCUAGAAUUCCUGGCACAAAAGUGAAACCACAUUAUGCCAAAAUACAGGACUAUGAUGAAUCCUUUUAUAAAGGCUUUCACAUCAUAGUGUGUGGUUUGGAUUCAAUAGUGGCCAGAAGAUGGAUAAAUGGCAUGUUGGUGAGCAUGCUACUGUACGAGGAUGGGCAGCUUGACCAGUCCAGUGUGGUGCCGAUGGUGGAUGGAGGGACAGAGGGCUUCAAAGGCAACGCGCGCGUCAUACUGCCAGGUAUGACGGCGUGCAUCGAGUGCACACUGGACCUGUACCCACCACAGGUGAAUUUUCCAUUAUGUACAAUUGCACACACACCCCGUCUUCCUGAACAUUGUAUUGAAUAUGUGCGAAUAUUGCUGUGGCCAAAGGAAGAUCCCUUUGGAGAGGGUGUGCCGAUAGAUGGGGAUGACCCCCUGCAUAUCCAGUGGAUAUUGGAGAAAUCUCAAGAUAGGGCCAAAGAGUACAAUAUUCCCGGUAUCACUUAUAGGCUCACACAAGGGGUCGUAAAAAGGAUUAUUCCAGCAGUGGCCUCAACAAAUGCAGUGAUUGCAGCCACUUGUGCAACAGAAGUCUUCAAGUUGGCUACCAGUUGCAGUCUUCCUCUGAACAAUUAUAUGAACUUCAAUGAUACAGAAGGCAUCUACACCUAUACAUUUGAGGCAGAAAAGAAGGAGGACUGUAUGGCAUGCAGUAAAAUACCAAAGACACUGACGUUCUCAGAGACAGACAAGCUGCAGGACGUGGUGAAUUUCCUCACAGAAAGCAUGGAAUAUCAGAUGAAGUCCCCUGGUCUCACAGCGAUGAUCGGCGGUAAAAACAAGACACUGUAUAUGCAGACUGUGAAAUCAAUUGAAGAACGGACAAGGGAAAAUCUAAAGAAAACACUUCAAGAAUUGGGUCUCCAUAAUGGUCAGGAGUUGUAUGUCGCAGAUUCCACAACCCCUCUCACACUGACUUUCAAACUGAGCCUUGGAACCAACAUGGAGUGACUUAGCAUGGACUACCAACCAUUAAAUGAGUCAGAAAAUAUACUCUGAAGUUUUGCCAAGUUUGUUAAUGACCACUUAUUAAUUUCCUUUUUGCUACAUCAUUUUCUUAUCAAGAAGUUUAAAAGGAAAAGCUACCAUGUUAUAGCAAAAUUUGCCUUAAAAAAUUGUUGAGCCUGAAUCCUGGAUAACUUUCAUUGGCCUGGGACCAGAAGCUGGCCUGGGACCAGAAGCACAGUGCAAUUUAAGUGUUAACUACAUUUUACUAUACUGUACUUUACUAAGUGUACAAGGGAUUAGCAUUAACAUGUUUAUGGUGUGCUUUUUUAUCGGAAAAUCAAUUUAAACCUGUUAAAAUAGCUUGCAUUAAUAAAACGUUGCCCUAUUUAAACUUGGUGAAUACCACCUUGGAACUAUUAUAAUUUUUGUUAAAUAUUGCUAAAUAUGUGCAUAUAUAACUGCAUUUGAGUUUGCUCUCAAGUACACAGAAGUUCUUAGCAAACAUUUUUUAAAUAUGUACAUUUUUCCAACAAAAUAAAAACAUUUAUAUGAA